GAGACGGGGCGGGGCGAGCGGACGCCAUCGCCGCGCUACCGGCCGGCUGCGUGCUGGUCAGCGCUGAGCGCCGCGGCGUCCCCGCCUAGUCGGCGCGCGGUCGGCCUGGGCGGCGGCAGCCCGGGAUGCGGAGGCGGCGGCUCGCAGAGACGAUGCUCCGGCGCUGAAGAGACGCGGCACCCGAGCGCCGGCGGCGCAGCGACGUGGGCCGCAUGGCGCAGCCCUCAAGCCCCGGCGGCGAGGGGCCGCAGCUCGGCGCAGAAGGGGGCCCGCGCGACGCGCUGAGCCUGGAGGAGAUCCUGCGGCUCUACAACCAGCCCAUCAACGAGGAGCAGGCGUGGGCCGUGUGCUUCCAGUGCUGCGGCUCCCUGCGCGCCGCCGCCCGCCGCCAGCCCCACCGCCGCGUGCGCUCGGCCGCGCAGAUCCGCGUCUGGAGGGACGGCGCCGUCACCCUGGCGCCCGCCGCCGGCGAAGAGGGAGAGCCGCCCCCCGCCUCCGGUAAACUGGGAUAUUCACAUUGUACAGAAACAGAGGUUAUUGAGUCCCUGGGAAUUAUUAUUUAUAAAGCAUUGGACUAUGGCUUGAAGGAAAACGAAGAAAGGGAGCUGAGCCCUCCUCUAGAGCAACUCAUCGACCAAAUGGCCAACACUGUGGAGGCUGAUGGCAGCCAUGAUGAAGGGUAUGAGGCUGCAGACGAAGGCCCAGAAGAUGAAGAUGGAGAGAAGAGAAGCAUCUCAGCCAUUCGGUCCUAUCAAGAUGUCAUGAAGAUAUGUGCUGCUCAUCUUCCAACUGAGUCGGAGGCACCAAAUCAUUAUCAGGCAGUAUGUCGAGCACUGUUUGCAGAAACCAUGGAACUGCAUACAUUUCUGACCAAAAUUAAGAGUGCAAAGGAGAACCUUAAGAAGAUUCAAGAAAUGGAAAAGAGUGAUGAAUCCAGCACAGAUCUGGAGGACCUGAAAAAUGCGGACUGGGCACGGUUCUGGGUACAAGUGAUGAGGGAUUUGCGAAAUGGGGUAAAACUUAAGAAAGUCCAACAGCGGCAGUACAACCCGUUGCCCAUUGAGUACCAGCUCACCCCUUAUGAGAUGCUCAUGGAUGACAUUCGGUGCAGAAGGUACACCUUAAGAAAAGUAAUGGUAAAUGGUGACAUUCCCCCUCGGUUAAGAAAGAGCGCUCACGAGAUCAUCCUUGACUUCAUCAGAUCAAGGCCCCCUUUAAAUCCAGCUUCAGCCAGAAAACUGAAACCAACCCCACCACGACCACGGAGCCUCCAUGAAAGAAUAUUAGAAGAAAUUAAAGCAGAAAGAAAGCUUCGGCCUGUCUCACCAGAAGAAAUUAGACGGAGCAGACUAGAUGUCACUACGCCAGAAUCUCCAAAGAAUGUUGGGGAAUCAUCUAUGGUGAAUGGAGGCUUAACAUCUCAAGCAAAAGAAAAUGGGCUGAGCACUCCCCAGCAGGGGUCUGCGCAGCGCAAGAGACUCCUCAAAGCCCCAACCCUGGCUGAGCUGGACAGCUCUGACUCUGAGGAGGAAACUCUGCACAAGUCAACCAGCAGCAGCAGUGCAUCUCCCUCCCUCUAUGAGGAUCCAGUACUGGAGGCCAUGUGCUCCAGGAAGAAGCCUCCAAAAUUCUUGCCCAUCUCGUCAACACCCCAGCCAGAGAGAAGACAACCACCACAGAGGCGCCACUCCAUUGAAAAGGAAACACCUACGAACGUGAGGCAGUUUCUGCCACCAUCCAGGCAGAGCUCACGUUCUCUUGAGGAAUUCUGCUACCCAGUGGAAUGCCUCGCUCUCACUGUGGAAGAAGUGAUGCAUAUUCGUCAGGUCCUGGUGAAGGCAGAGCUGGAAAAGUACCAACAGUAUAAGGACAUCUACACUGCCCUGAAAAAAGGAAAGCUCUGCUUCUGUUGCCGAACCCGGAGGUUUUCCUUCUUCACUUGGUCUUACACCUGUCAGUUCUGCAAGAGGCCCGUGUGCUCACAGUGUUGCAAAAAGAUGCGGCUGCCUUCCAAGCCAUACUCCACUCUACCCAUCUUCUCGCUGGGACCUUCUGCCCUGCAAAGGGGGGAAAGUUGCUCGAGGUCAGAAAAACCUUCCACUAGUCACCAUCGGCCGCUUCGAAGCAUCGCCAGGUUCUCCUCAAAAUCAAAGUCUGUGGACAAAUCCGAUGAAGAACUCCAGUUUCCCAAAGAGUUCAUGGAGGAUUGGAGCACAAUGGAGGUGUGUGUAGACUGCAAAAAGUUCAUUUCAGAAAUCAUCAGCUCAAGCCGGCGCAGCCUGGUGUUGGCCAACAAAAGAGCCAGGUUGAAAAGGAAGACACAAUCCUUCUACAUGUCCUCGGCGGGCCCCUCGGAGUACUGCCCUUCAGAGCGGACUAUCAAUGAGAUCUGAGCCCUGGGCCUUCCCGCUCCUGUGUGCAGAGGCGGGCAGUGCAGCAGUCCUGCAGAUUCUUCCCAGGGGUUUUCCUUCACAGGCUCCGUCUGCAGCAGGUCAGGCUUGGGCUGUACCUGAGACCCAGACUCAAGGCUGUGUUCGUAUCAGCUGAUGGUAUGAGGCAGGUCAGCUACUUGUUCAUUUGCACUCAGAAAGCCUAAAACUUGAUUUUGUGUAUGUGAGUAGGGAAGCCAGAAACUUCCUUAGUUCGGUUCCUCAAUGUUCUUCGGAUAAUUGACUGACUAAGGCAAAAAGCUUCUUGUGUGUGAAGUCAGUCUGACUGAGUGUUGAUGUUAGCACAGUUGUAAGCAGUAAGUCAUAUUGGCAUUCCACUUGACAGUGUUCCUAUCUCAUGUACAUAAUGUCCAAAGCCCCGCCACACAGCAGUUCCCUGGGGUGGGCCAGGUUGGCUGUCAUCUCACAGCACAAAUCUUGAAGGCCUUGCUGAUAAUGCUCUUUGGGGCUCUGGCUGCAUCCAGUAAAGAACAAUCAAGCAAGCUAUACACUGCACGGGUGGCCACUUCUCAGAGCUCAGGGUCUGCCCAGGCCCAGGUCUCAGUGUUUCCUCAGCUGCUACCAGGCCUUCAUUCCUUAUUGUGAAUAUAUUAUGGUUUUGAAUAGUUUUAUAAUACAGGUUGAAGAAUUAAGAUUUUGUGGAAGUCUGAAGAAAAAGGAAGACUAAAAUUUUUGUGAAGCAGCUGAGCCGGUCUUGGUUAACUGAUUGGAGGUUGUAGCAGCAGCGGUGUCAGCAGAAGGGAGCCAGCGGUGGCUCGUAUGUUUUCAUCUACAUUUUCCAUAACUUUAUAGUGUGGCCAUCGUGACUAAAUUAACCACAGUUUGGUAUCUGAGUCUCAAAUUGAAGUUUAUUUUUAUAAAUGAAUUUUAAAAGAAAAACCUUGGCUGUUUUAAAAUCUCAAGAAAAUUAACCUGCUGCCAUGCAUAAUUUUUUGAUGCUUUUUGCACUAGUUGUCUUGUAAAUGUCACUGCAUUUCUUAUGAAGGGUGACUGACAGGUAGUAUGGUGUGCCUGAAAUUCCUCAGCUUCUGUGACACACAUACCAUGGGCUGCCCCUCAUUUCCAUAAGCUUAGAAAUAACCGGUCACAGGCAGUGGUGGCACACGCCUUUAAUCCCAGCACUUGGGAGGCAGAGGCAGGUGGAUUUCUGAGUUCAAGGCCAGCCUGGUCUACAGAGUGAGUUCCAGGACAGCCAGGGUUACACAGAGAAACCCUGUCUCAAAAAACCAAAAAAAAAAAAAAAAAAAACCAACAACAACAACAACAAACAAACAAACAAACAAAAAAACAAACAAUCAAACAAAAAAGAGAAAUAACCGGUCAAUCAGAUUGCCACUGAUGUUUGGAGAAUGAACUAAAGCACAUGUACAGUGUAAUUCCUGACAGCUAUAAAACCACCCUCAUAAUCACCACUGAUGAGACCAUUGAUGACAGCUCCACUUAAUAAAAGGCAUGACAGUUGCAUUUCAUACCAACAUCAAGAUACAGUAACAUUUCCCAUUAAAUUGACAGCAACACCUCAGAAAUGCUCCAGUAGUCAUUUCUAAUGCAUUGAAAUUUAUAGUUUAGUAAAUGGCUUUAAAUUACUUAUACUGACGAAAUAAACUUCACCACUUGACUAACGUAAUGCA